AUGAGGCUUGUGGAGGCUGAUUAUGCUUUGAAGUUGAAAGCUUGUAACCAUCUGUCAGAUGGACGGCAAUUGCACUGGGAGCUCGCAAGGAAGGGCCUGGACAGCCAAAAGUUUCUGGGCAACCACAUCAUCCAAAUGUUUGGGCGGCUGGGAAGCCUGGACGAAGCGAGAGCAGCGUUUGAGAGGUUGCGCUGGAGAAACGUUUUCUCGUGGACAAUCAUGGUGGCACUUCUUGCCCAAAACGGGUAUCUUAACGAGGCCGGGAAAUGGUUCUGGAAAAUGCCAGAGCACAGCGCGGUUUCCUCCAAUGCGGUCAUGGUUGCAUUAGCGGAUUCUGAAAACAUUGCCGAGUCAAGAGAAAUGUUUGAUAAAAUGGCCCAGCGCGAUGUUGCGUCUUGGAACUCUAUGGUCUCUGCAUAUGCCCAGUCCGGGGAUUGUCUUGAAGCAAGCAGAUUCUUUACAAGAAUGCCUGUCGUCAACGUGGUGUCGUGGACGGCUUUUCUUUCCGGGCUCUCCCAAACUGGCCAGCUCCAGGAAGCAAAGUUUCUAUUCGACAAAAUGCCCGAGAGAAACAUCGUGUCGUGGAAUGCUCUAAUCACGGCAAAUGCCCAGGCUGGGGAUGUUCGAGCAGCGCGGGCACUCUUCGAUCGCAUUCCAGCCCGAGACUCGGUGUCGUGGAACUCGAUCUUUCCCGCCUACACGCGCACUGGAAUGCUCGAGGAGGCCAGGAGGCUGUUCCAGAGCGUCCCUUGUCCGAACUCCAUCACUUGGACGAGCAUGCUGUUCGGGUAUGCCGAAGCCGGAAACAUCGAUCAAGCCAGGAAGAUCUUCCUCGCGAUGGACCGAGACGCGGGAUCCUGGAACGCGCUGAUCGCUGCAUACGGCCAGGGAAACGAUCUGGGGAGCGCGAGGCUAGUGUUUGAAAAAAUGGCACAGUGGAACAUCCGGUCAUGGACGAGCAUGUUUCUGGCGUGUUCGCAGAUGGCGCACUUCGAGGAGACGAGGAGGAUCUUCGACGGCAUGCCGGAGCGCGACCUGGUGUCGUGGAACGCGAUGCUCACGUGCUACACGCGGAGCGAGCGGCCGAUCGAGGCGCUGGAGCUGUUCAAGCUCAUGAUCAUCGAGGGAGUUCGUCCCAACGGGAUAACUUUCCUGUGCCUGAUCGAUGCGUGCUCGCAGGCCUCGGCGCUCACUCCCGGAAUGCUCAUCGACGAGGAGAUUGGAGGAAGCCGGGGGAGUGUCGAGCUUGGAAACUCCUUCAUCUCAAUGUAUGCCAAGUGUGGCAGCUUCGAGAACGCAAAGAGGCACUUUGAUGCCAUGGAGGAGCGCGACUCGGUGUCGUGGACCGCGAUGAUCACCGCCGACGUCCAAAGCGGUAACCGGGAGCGCGCCCUCCAGCUCUUCGUGGAGAUGAUCCACCAAGGAGUCGAUCCACACGACGUGACGUUCCUGGGGGUUCUCUCGGUGUGUGCUUACGAGGGGCUACUCGAGCGGGGAUGGGAGCUCUGGACGUCCAUGGCUGUGGACUUUGGGAUCGCAGCAAAGGCGGAGCACUACGCGUGGCUUGUCAAUCUCCUGGCUCGAUCUGGGCGAUUGGUGGCGGCCGAGGAGCUUAUCGAUAGCAUGCCAUACCACCCGGAUCAUCCCACCUGGGGAGCGCUGCUUGGAGCUUGCUCGCUUGGUGGGAUGAAAACCGAGGGAGCUUGGAGAGCUGCGAGCUUGAUCUCCGAGAUGACCCCCGGUAGCUCCUCACCUUACAUCUCGCUCGCGAAGAUCUGUGCCUCUAGCGAUGAUCUAUGA